AUGAAUACGUUUUUCUUCUACGAACCAAAUGGGUCGGCGAAUCGAUAUUCAAACAAGGAACGGUUUCGUCCACGUCCCAAUCCUCAAGCUCAUGUUCCUGUUCAUUCAGGUGUCGUUGGCGUUUCCGAUCCUACAUCGGACAGCAGCUGUACUAUCAAGGACGCUGCAAACAAAGCCCUUCAGGCCCUGCCGCCGGAACCUAUGUUCCAGCGAGAGACCAGUUCUUCUCCUUCUGCGAAGAGAGACGACUGUUUCGAUGAGGAUGAAAUGAGUGACGGUGGCGGCUCUCUUCACAGUCUCUUCUCCGAUUUCACGGAUGAUCCGCAGGGGGAUGUUGAUUGCAAUUAUGUCAACGGACUCCUCGUGCCAUUGAAGCAGCAGUCUAAUGUGACCGUAUCUCACCCGGCGACCCAUCGCGAUGCAGCCCCCGCGCCUGGAGAAUUUGGUGGUUCCAGGCAACCUCAACCGGUUACUGGCAGUAUUCGAUCUGCCGGUGGCCCCGGACGACGCAACGAUACUGCUCACAUCAAUGCGCAACCCACUUUUCCCUUGCCCGAUAUACUGCCUAUUCGCAGCUCUGCGGAAAGUCAUGCCAAUCAUAAAUCCUUCGCCGAUCCCAUUUGCCAUGACUUGGCUGUUCUCGACCCGGUCAACAUCACGUACACUGAAGUCGGAACACAGACUGAUCCCCCGGACGCCGACGCCGCACGGAGUGACAGAGAAACGCAGACAGAUCCAACCAGCGCGGAAACCACGAACGGUCAGGAUAAAAGUCCAUUUCCCGUUCUCGUCGAGAAUCGUGAAACGGGCAACUUUUCUGGGCAGUUUGACGAACACGUUGGCAAUCAGCGACGUGUCCAUGCAGCGGAUUCAAUUUAUACAAAUCGCCCAAGCAUACCUCAUCUAGUUCCGACCCUCGGCGCCUGCCCACAUCGCCUCUUUACCCGUCCUGUUGUGGAUGCGACUCACCGCGGCUAUCCUCUGCCGAUACAUGGCGUCUUCACCGUCCAUGGAAACGCCGAUCAACUGGCUUACAGCUUGACCUUCUUUGAACCGAAAGAUGAAUUUUGGUCGGAGUCUACAGACGGUCGAACUUCGUCGCUGGCACGAAGCGAGGCAACCGAACGGCUGUCAGCUGCACCCGAUCUCGCGGUCAACGGUAACAAUGACACUCACAGUAACAAUGACACUCACAGUAACAAUGACACUCACAGUAACAAUGACACUCACAGUAACAAUGACACUCAUGGCUUGCCCUUUCUUGAUUCCACCCUGAGCGACACAACCGAACGGUGGUCAGCUGCACCCGAUCUCGCCGUCAACGGUAACGAUGACGAUCAAGGCUUACGCAUGCUCGAUCCCCCUCUCAACACCGACGAGGGUGUCUGCCCAACGUUGAGAGACGAAAGUUUCACACAGAACCGUCAUGCAUCCAAGGCUCAAAAAGGUGACCGAUUCUCGUCGGAAGACGACGAGCUCCUGAAGCGGUUAAAAGGUAAGCAUCUAUCGUGGAAGACGAUCGCUACAUUCUUUCCUGGUCGCUCGGAAGGUUCCCUUCAGAAUCGCUACUGCACGAAAUUGAAACGGAGUCUUCUGGAGAACGGUCGCGAUCGGAAGCGAGCACGGUCGGCUAGUCUCCAAUGCUCGGAUGACGACGAAGACUCACAGCAACUGCAGUGCGAGCUGAAUAGGGUAGCCAUGCUGAGAAAAGGCUCCGCGUGA